AUGUUUUCAUCGGCUCAUUUGAACAUCAACAAGAAGAGCAUUUGCAGUACGCAGAAAAAGUACUUACAAAUAUCUAUCAUCAGUCAAUUAAUGAAUCAGUUACUGUGCGGUUUAUCUUCUGAAAGAUUUGAACCAAAACAGAAUUAUAAGAAUUUCGAAGUACGUGCUCAGAAACUAGUCCGACCAGACACUACUAAAUCAAAUGUCAUUUUCGUGCUAGACGCUAUUUUCAUAGCGGAAAUGAAAAUAGCCUUUACAACAAUUAUACUGGUAGCCGAAGGUCAACAGCACAGUCAUCCAUCAAAUAUUAUCAACGGGUGGGUCCAUUCAAAAGGGUCACCACAGUCCAUAGGAACUUAUGGCAUUGAUUUGAAACUUUCUCAGGAGAAUAUCGAAUGA